CUCCUUCACGGAGAGAUACAAGAAAUAUUCUUACAAGUAUAUAUCUCAUCCAGAGUAGGACGUCGCGGUAACUCAGUCGACUCACCCGAGAAGAGUUAAACGGAUACAAUAAACUACAAUUAACUUGAAUCAAGAAAUCAUGUGUCUCGUCGCGAUCUAAUCGAGGAUCGUUAAUAAAAUAAAUAUACAAAAAUAUCUCGAAAAGAUACAAAUAUUCGCGCAAAAAUCGAUAUGUGCAAAUUCAUUGUGCUAUUUGAAAACCGGCAUGAUCGAUAAAAAAAAAUAAUUAUGGAAUGAUAAAAAAUCGAUCGAUUAAAAAAUCAUCGUAUAUAAGAGGAAUAAAAUCGAUAACAUGUAGAAUAUUUCAAAUACAACUUACUCAGAAGAGGGAUCAAUUUUUUAAACUAAGCGCACGAUAUCCUGGAUUAUCUUUUCACAAUUGCGCACAGUGUGGAACAUUAUGUUUAAAACAUUGAUUGCAUUAAUCGAGCGCAAAAUCUGUACUUAAUAUUCUUCAUUAAUUGUUGGCUAAAUAAUUCUUAAUCAGAACUGAUAUAUUCUAACGAUUAAAUAUAUGUCAUUCGAGAGAUAAUAUAAAAAUCAUAAUGAAAACUGGCGGAGGCACUUCAAAUCAUCGCUCGAAUUCGAACAUGGAGCAACGUUUAAGAAGUCCAAAGUGCGCGAGAUGUCGAAACCAUGGUGUAAUAUCCGGUUUGAAGGGUCACAAGAGAUCCUGCGCGUGGAAGGAUUGCCGAUGUCCCUGUUGUUUGUUAGUCGUCGAAAGGCAAAGAGUGAUGGCAGCGCAAGUUGCUUUACGUAGACAACAACAAGCGCAAGGUGAUCUUCAUCUAUCUUCGGUGAAUAAGGUAUCAACAGACACCGCAAAUCCUCCUUAUUAUAUUAAAGCAAAAUACGACGAGCCAGACGCUGCCUGUCUUGGUAGAAAAGCUAAGAAUUUUCAAAGGCAUCAUUUACAUUUCACGCAGACGAGUAUCAGUGUGACACAGGGAUUCUACGGAUUAAAUGCCGUACAUAAUUUACCUAGCGCGUUAUCAACACAUCCGCGUUUGUUGACUUUAUCCUCUCUCGGAUGCGAUCAAAAACAAGAAGCUGAACCCACAUUGAAAGUACAAUCUUUCCAUUCUGCAUAUCCAACAAUUCCCUGGUUCAAUGAGGUAACGCAAUCGUAUAUAGCGAAUGGGGACUUGAAUAAUUUUAUUUCUACGAGAGAUUUGCAGAACUGUCCUACUACAAAUAAUGAAUCUUGUUUAGAAAAGAAAGCACCAAUUUCGUUCAGUGUCGAAUCUAUUAUCGGUACAAAAUGAUAUUCCGAUAUCCGUACAUUUUAACUGUUUGAGUAAUAUGAAGGAGCUAAUAGGUUUUCGAAUAAUUUAAUUUAAUCUGAGAAUAGCAUUCUGUACACGACAACAAAAUGCGACUAUCGGACAUUGAAAAUAGCUGUUAAUAAAAUAUAUGCAUUUAAGACAACAAACUGUAUAAUACUGAAUAAUAAUUAAAUUUAAAUAAAAUUCAAGAAGUA